AUGGAAAAAUAUCCAGGUUUUACAUUAUUUCUGGCUUUUUUGACUGCAGUGAAGCCAUGUUUGACAUCACAAGUUACAGAUGAGACAAAGAAGCAAUGUGAUCAAAAGCUGGUUAUUCAAAUGAAAACUGAAUGUGUACCUUGUUCCCUAAACCUCGAAACCCAGUGCCUGGCUGGUUACACCAAAAUUACCAAUGGGACUGGGAUACCAGACUGCAGGUAUUACCUAGAAAUUAAAACACACACACGCUCUUUUCCGGGAUGUCGGCAUCAUUGUUUAAAGGAAGUUGAACAACACGAGUGCUGCCAGGGACGUUGGGGCCCAGACUGCAUGGCCUGUCCAGGAGGAGCUGCAUCACCAUGCAACAGGAGAGGACGCUGCUCCCAGGGCAUAAAUGGUGAUGGAACGUGCACUUGUCAGAAAGAAUUUGGUGGAACAGCCUGUGAAAAAUGUGCUGAAGAUAAUUUAUUUGGUCCUCACUGCACAUCAGUUUGUGACUGUGUUCAUGGAGUAUGCAACAGUGGAAUUACAGGGGAUGGAAGCUGCACAUGUUUCUCUGGAUACAAAGGGCUAAAGUGUGAUCAGCCAAUAGCUGAAUGCAAGGCUUUGCAGUGCCCUGCAAACUCCAGAUGUACUGCCUCAGAGGAGGAUGGAAGACACCUGCAGUGCACAUGUCUGCCCAACUACCACAGGGAUGGUACACAAUGUGAACCUAUCAACCCAUGCUCCAAAAAGGUCUGCGACCCGAAUGCCAACUGCAUUUACCUCGGACCAAAUCAGCAUGAAUGUGUUUGUCAAGAAGGCUACCAAGGGGAUGGUCAAGUCUGCUUACCCAUAGACCCUUGCCAACAAACAUAUGGGGAUUGCCCUGCAAAGUCCACCAUCUGCAUAUAUGAUGGUCCAGGAAAGUCCCACUGUGAAUGCAAGGAGCAUUAUACAAACUUUGUACCUGGGAAAGGAUGCAGCAUGACCAACAUAUGUGAAACAAACAACACCUGCCAUAAAAAAGCUAAAUGCUCAAUGGUUGCACCAGGACAGAUCAUGUGUACGUGCCAGGAGGGCUCCGUGGGGAACGGAUUCGUGUGCUACGGAAACAUCAUGGAGCGCCUUCAGGAGCUGAAUGCAGAAGUAGGAGGACGCUGGCAAGGCAAGCUGAUGUCUGCCUUAUCACUCAUGGAAAAUGUCUAUGAAUGGCCACUGAGUACUCUGGGACCAUUUACAGUACUUGUACCAACAAACAAGGGUCUCAAAGGUACAAAUAUAAAGGAUCUUCUGAAUAAUAAACAGAAAGCCCAGUACUUUGUGAAACUCCAUGUAAUUGCUGGUCAACUGAAUACCAGUAGCUUGAAUAAUACUAAUGUAAUUUAUACUUUGACUGGCAAAUCAGGAGAGGUAUCAAAGGGAGAAAAGGAUAAUCAAUUAAGAAUCAGAAUCCAAGGAGGAAGGAGGAAAGGAAAACUUCUGCAGGGAAAUAUUAUUGCUUCCAAUGGGAUUUUACACAUUAUUGACAAGGCCAUGGACAAUGUGGAGCCAACAUUUGAAAGCAGCAGAGAGGAAACCGUAAUGUCACUACUUCAAGAAAAUGAAAGAUAUAGCAAGUUUACAUCUUUGAUAGAGAAAACUGGCCUGGGAAUGGACUUGCAGCAGGACAACAGACCUUACACAGUCUUUGCUCCAAGUAAUGAGGCUCUGAGUAAAAUGAAAUCUGAGACUCUGGAUUACCUGCUUUCUGCAGAGGGUUCAUGGAAGCUGCUGGAGCUGGUCCGAUACCACAUUGUCUCCAAUACUGAGCUAGAGGUUGCCAGCCUCGUCUCAAUAGAGCACAUCAGAAGCAUGGCGAAGCAGCUAAUUUACUUUAACAGGACCAGCACUGGACAAGUCUUGGUGAGUGGAGAAGAAAUGGAAGAAACAGAUAUUGCUGCCAAAAAUGGUCGUAUUUAUACUCUUGCUGGAGUCCUUAUCCCACCCACAAUUAUUCCAAUUCUACCACAUCGGUGUGAUGAGACAAGAAAUCAAGUUGCAAUGGAACCAAAGUGCUGCAAAGGCUUCUUUGGCCCUGAGUGCAGUCCAUGUCCAGGAGGUUUCUCCAAACCCUGUUCAGGAAACGGGCAGUGCAUGGAUGGCCUGGGUGGAAAUGGGACCUGCAUCUGUGCUCAGGCAUUUCAAGGCUCACACUGUCAGUUCUGCUCAGAUCCUGGCAAAUAUGGACCUCAGUGUGACAAAGACUGCCUCUGCGUUUAUGGGAAGUGUAAUAACCAAAUAGACAGCGAUGGGAUCUGCCUUCCUGGAUCAUGCAGAAGGGGAUACACAGGGAAACUCUGUGAUAAGCAGAUUGUUCCCUGUGAGCCCUCCCUACAGCUCUGCCACGCAGAUGCAGAGUGCCAGCUUAGAGACGGCACAGUGAGCUGUGUUUGCAAACCUGGCUAUGAGGGAGAUGGAAUGAGCUGCAGCAAAGUUGACCCCUGCACUGCUUUGGACCCAGGUGGCUGUAAUGUCAAUGCCGAGUGCAUCCAGACAAGCCCAGGAGAGCACAGGUGUGUCUGCCAGGCAGGAUGGACAGGUGAUGGAAGGGACUGCUCAGCCAUCAACAACUGCCUGCUGCCCAAUGCAGCAGGGUGCCACAAAAAUGCCACCUGCAUAUAUGUUGGACCGGGUCAGAAUGACUGCAAGUGUAAAGACGGAUUUCAAGGGAAUGGAAUUGAAUGCACACCCAUAAACUCAUGCCUGGAACAAAAUGGAAAAUGCCAUCAUCUGGCAACUUGUCAAUUUGAGCCUUCCCGUGGCUGGGAGUGUGUUUGCCCAAAGGGCUAUGAGGGAGAUGGCAGAACAUGCUAUGGAAAUGCUGCAGAUGAGUUAUCUACUCUGUCAGAAGCAGCUGCAUUUAACCAGUGGGUUAAGGAAGCUGAGGUCAACUCAGUGUUGUCCACCGCCUCAAACCUAACUGUCCUUGUGCCUUCUCUUCAAGCAAUUGAAAACAUGGAUGAAGAUGAAAAGGCCUUUUGGAUGUCAAAGAGUAACAUCCCAACUCUACUGAAGUAUCAUGUAUUGACAGGAGCUUACAGCUUUGCUGAUUUCCAGAAUUUAUCAUCCUCUGACGUGCUGCCAACAUCUCUACAGAGCAACUUCCUACAAUUGUCUAAAGAAAAUGGGAACCUCACCCUCGAGGGUGCUCACAUCGUUGCAGGGGACAUCGCAUCCACAAAUGGGAUCAUCCAUCUUAUUGAUAAGGUUCUGACCCCUUCCCGCAGCACCGUCAUGCCGAGGCUGCUGGCCCGCCUAGAGGAAAUGCCUGACUACUCUAUUUUCAGGGGCUACAUUAUUCAAUACAGCCUGGCAAAUGAAAUAGAAGCUGCAAACACAUACACAGUGUUUGCCCCAAAGAAUGAUGCCAUAGAAAAUUACCUAAGGGAUAAAAAGUCUCCUACUCUGGAUGAAGACCACAUCCGCUACCAUGUUCUGGUGGAUGAGAAGCUCCUGAAGAAUGACCUGCACAAUGGGAUGCACAGGGAGACCAUGCUGGGGUUCUCCUACCAGGUUGGGUUCUUCCUCCACAACGGCCAGCUCUUCGUAAACGAUGCCCCUAUAAGCUAUGCAAAUGUUGCAACAGACAAAGGAAUUAUUCAUGGUUUGGGAAAAGUCCUGGAAAUCCAGAAGAACAGAUGCGAUAUCAAUGACACCGUGAUCACUGAAAAGUGCAGAAUUUGUUCACAGCCAUCAAGUUGUCCUCCAGGAACAAAAGAAAUAGCAGGGGAGAAAAAAUACUGUGUCCUCUCGGAAAACAACAUGAGAACGUACACCAUCCAGAUUGGGUGCCAGCCAAAGUGUGCCAAAACCAUCAUUACUAGGGAGUGCUGCGCGGGUUUCUUCGGGCAGCAGUGCCAGCCCUGCCCAGGGAAAGCGGGGAACGCCUGCUUCGGGAAUGGCGUCUGCCUGGAUGGCACCAACGGGACAGGGGCCUGCGAGUGCGGAGAGGGGUUUGUCGGCACGGCCUGCGAAAGCUGCGUCGAAGGCAAAUACGGCCGCAACUGUGAUCAAGUGUGCACGUGUGUCCAUGGGAAAUGCAGCAGCGGGAUCGAUGGGGAUGGCUCCUGUGAAUGUGAUGUUGGCUGGAGAGGGGUGACCUGUGAGACUGAAAUCAAAGAUGAUGCAUGUAACACCUCAUGCCAUACCAGUGCUAACUGCCUUCUUCUAUCAAAUGGCACUGCCUAUUGCAAGUGUGCAGCUGGGUUUGAGGGGAACGGGACAUUCUGCACAGCUAUUGAUGCUUGCAAGACCAGCAAUGGUGGCUGUUCUGCCAAGGCAGAGUGCAGAAGAACAGCCCCUGGCAACAGAGUGUGUGUCUGCAACGCUGGGUACACUGGAGAUGGGAUAGUCUGCAUGGAAAUCAACCCUUGUCUGGAGAACCACGGUGGAUGCGAUAGAAAUGCAGAAUGUACACAGACUGGACCAAAUCAAGCAGUAUGCAAUUGCUUGAAGGGAUACUCUGGAGAUGGUAAAAAAUGCACGUAUAUCAGCCUGUGUUCACAAAAUAAUGGAGGCUGCAGUGAAUUUGCCAUCUGUAAUGACACCGAGCUGACAGAAAGGACCUGCACCUGCAAGCAUAACUACAUUGGGGAUGGAUUUAAGUGUCGAGGCAAUAUCUUCCAGGAACUACUCAGAGACUCCAACACAUCUAGGUUCUAUUUCCACUUAGAGGCCUUGUCUAUCAGGGAUAUUGCAGGCCCUGGCCCUUUCACCUUGUUUGUACCUCACACAGAUGUACUAAACAGCGACCCACGAGUUAAGGAGUGGAUUGCCAGAGGAGUGAUGGCUCAAGUCCUCCGGUACCAUAUAGUGGGUUGUGCCAGUCUAUUGUACAGGGACCUGAUGGCAAUCACCAACGUGACCUCUCUCCAUGGGGACCCGAUACACAUCAGCUACUCUCAGAACUCACUGGUUUUGAACAGCAAAGCUCAAAUUAUAUUCAGCGAUGCUAUUGGCACAAAUGGUGUGAUCCAUGUCAUAAACCAGAUCCUGGUCCCAUCACACAUGCAGGAUUUCCCUCUUAAGAAGGAAAGCCUUAAAAUGGUUGCAGCCAAACAUGGAUACAUCCUGUUCAGCAGUUUGCUAGAGAAAAACAACCUGCUUGGGGUGAUCAGUGAUCCCAUUCACAGACCCGUCACGCUCUUCUGGCCCACGGAUGCAGCUAUCCGUGGGCUGCAGCAGGAGCAGCAGGACUUCCUCUUCAAAAAGUCCAACACUGACAAAUUGGUGCAGUAUCUCAAAUUCCACAUCGUCCGUGAUGCUGCGGUGUUGGCCUACCAGCUCACCAGCUCCACCUCACUGAAGACCCUGCAGGGCUCCAACCUCAGCGUUAGCUGUGGGGAUAACAGGGAGAUUGGUGCACUUUUCCUGAACGACAGACAGUGCAAGGUUGUGCAGCGGCAGCUGGAGUUUGACGGGGGCAUCGCCUAUGGAAUUGACUGCCUGCUGACAGACCCCAGCCUGGGGGGACGCUGUGACAGCUUCUUCACCGUGGAUUUCAUGGGUCAUUGUGUUAGCUGCUUCAGUAAUUCUAAAUGCCCUCCAGGGACAAAACCAAAGGAAGGGAUCCACUGGUGCACAUACGAGUCCUACGGGCUGCGGAGGGACGGCUGCCGUAGGAACUGCUCCAUGGUCAUCCACACGGCCAAGUGCUGCAAGGGCUACUUUGGGCCAGACUGCCAAGCUUGCCCAGGAGGCCCAGAGACCCCAUGCAAUAACCAUGGCUCCUGUGAUGAUGGGUACAGCGGGACAGGAGAGUGCCACUGCAACAGUGGCUUCAAUGGGACUUCAUGUGAGCUGUGUUUGCCAGGCAGAUAUGGCUCCAGCUGCAGGCCCUGCCAAUGCAAGACCAAUGGGCAGUGUGAUGAAGGAUAUUCAGGAACAGGACGAUGCUUCUGUGAAACUGGAUGGACUGGCCAGCUGUGUGAAACCAAGAUAGAUCUGCCACCAGUGUGCUCCCCAAGCUGCUCUGCCAACGCGGUCUGCAGAGAGAACAACACGUGUCAGUGCAAGCCUUUUUACAAUGGUGAUGGGAUCACAUGCACAGUUGCAGACCUUUGCAAACAAGGCAAUGGUGGGUGCCACAGGGCAGCUGACUGCACACAACUCGGGGUGAAAGUCUUCUGUAGCUGCCAGAAAGGAUACAAAGGAGAUGGCUUCACAUGCCUUCCGAUAAAUCCUUGCGCCGAUGGGUUCAACGGAGGCUGCCAUGAGCAUGCCAUUUGCACUGUCAUAGGACCUGACAAACGUAAGUGUGAAUGUAAAAAUAACUACAUUGGUGAUGGGCUCAACUGCUCGGUGAUGCAGCUUCCUCUUGACCGCUGCUUGCAAGACAACGGGCAGUGCCACCCUGAUGCUGACUGUGCUGAUCUCCACUUCCAAGAUACCACAGUUGGGGUUUUCCACUUACGGUCCCCUCAAGGGCAGUACAAAAUGACCUAUGAGAAGGCAAAGGAGGCCUGUGCCAACGAGUCUGCCACCAUCGCUACUUAUAACCAGCUGCUGUAUGCACAGAAGGCGAGGUACCACCUAUGUGCUGCUAGCUGGCUUGAUGGUGAAAGAGUGGGCUACCCGACUGCCUUCUCCUCCCCAAAUUGUGGCUCUGGGCACGUUGGCAUUGUGGACUAUGGGAGAAGAGUCAACCUGAGUGAAACCUGGGAUGUCUUCUGCUACAGGGAGAAAGAGGUGAACUGCACCUGCAAGCCAGGCUACGUGGGGGAUGGCCUCUCCUGCAGUGGGAACUUGCUGCAAGUCCUGAUGUCCUUCCCAACGCUGACAAACUUCCUGUCGAACAUCAUGGCUUACUCCAACAGCUCAAGGAAGGGAAGAGAGUUCCUGCAGUACCUCACGGACCUGUCAGUGCAUGCCACUCUCUUUGCUCCAAAUGAUAGUGGGUUGAAGGAAAACAAGACACUUUCUGGGAGGGACAUUGAAUAUCAUUUAUCUAAUGCCAGCAUCAUGUUUUAUGAGGACUUGACCAAUGGAACCACUCUUGUAACUCGUCUGGGGGAAAAACUCCUCAUUACAAACACCAAGAGACAGGAGCAUCAAGCCACCACCUCUGAACAGAGUGAGAUCAGAUACGUGGACAGAAGUGCUAUUGUUGAAUGGGAUAUAAUUGCUUCCAAUGGGAUAAUCCAUGUCAUUUCAGAGCCUUUAAAGGCUCCGCCAGCACCUGCUCCUCCCCAUGCCAGUGCUGGAACAGGAAUAUUCUUUGGCAUCUGCCUGGUUACUGGAAUUGUGGCUUUUAUUGGAUAUUCUUACCUCAGGUUCAGGAAGAGAAACACAGUCUUCCAGCACUUCAAGUCAAAGGAUGACACUGAUGUAACAUCGCUGGACAAGUCACAGCCUUCAAAUAUCACCAACCCCUCAUAUGAAAGUUGCUCUUCUGCACUGACUCCAUCAGAACUUGCCUACGACCUUUUCUCAGAUUCAGAUGAACAGCAGCUUGUGAUGAGUGGUCCUCAUGAUCAGAAUUAAGUACUGAAUUUGGCAUUAGUCAAUUAUAAAAUACAUUCUUAUUUACACUUGCUGUGAAAAAAAACAGUACAUAUACAUUUCAGGGAAUAAAAUCUUGUUACAAAUUUAAAACCAAGA